AUGACCGACGUCGAUGCCUUUAGGGAUGCAGAGCACAUCGCUGACGUCUCUGGCAUUUCCUUCGACGAUGUGGAGCCCGGAUCACCAGCGCUGGCAAGCGGUGGCGGCAUCCGCAAUCAGGGUAACAGCCGUGUAAAGAAGCUCCAGUCCGCUGCAAAGGUUGCCUUUAUCGAUCGAUUGCUUCGUGACCUUGAUAUUUUGAUAUAUUGCGAAUUAUCGGCGCUGUAUUAUAUGGACUGCUCUAUCACACUGUUUGCCAUCCGCGCUGUCGUCCAACUAAUAUUCUUUACACCCAAAGCACCACCGUUCGACCCCACGCGCAAUCAGCCCUUCGUCGGAGCCAUCCUCGCCAGCAACCUAUUCUGCAUGAUCUUCCAUGCCUUCUUCAUCCGCCCCGAAGCUGGCGAAUCUACACGCGGAUAUCUACAUGGCGGAAUAUUCAUUGAUUUCAUCGGGCAGAAACCUGUCCCCGUCUUCCGCCUGCUCGCAUUCGAUACCCUAAUCCUGCUAGUCGAUAUCGUCAUGCUGGCAUUGAUCAUUGAGCGGGUGAAGACGGUGGGUUCCAAGGGGCUGGCCUCUUCGGUAGCGAGUGGGAGUGCAACGACGAAUGCGAAUGCGAAUGCGAAUGCAGAUACAGAUACCACGCAGUCGGGGCAACAGGAUCAUGAUUCAGAGGAACGAGGGGUACGAAGUAGUGAGGACGAUGGUGAUACUAAUGAUUCUCGGGCCGAUGAGAAUGCUCCUACGAAUACGUCGCCGGUUCCUGAAAUCGAUGACGAUGUACAAGAUGAACGGACGACUCUGCUAGCGGACCCUGGCGAGGGUGGCACGGGACCAAUCCCGCGGGGUGGCCACCCGUUGGACUCGUACGCUACUGGCCAAGCGGUCAUUAUGGAUAUGGGCUUUUUUACUACGAUACGUGAUCAAUGGAAACACUCGACCACGCCGGUUCGACGAGGUGAUGGGCGUUAUGCGCCCUCACCGCAAGCUGCGACUUUCCUUCGAGAGCGCUUCGGGUUACAAGUUGGGGCUGAUGGCCGCAUUGUACGCAUAGGUCAAUGA